AACAAGAAAACUCGAGAGUUCUUCUCUUCUUAACAAAGAGUUUCAAGUAGCUAGAAUUAUCACAGUUCCUACUUUCUCGAGAAAAGUACUAAGUAGCUAGAAAAUGGAGGGCGAAGGAUGCUUGGGCAAGUUCAUUCAGAGCGCAAAGCCAUACAUAGCCAUUAUCUCUCUGCAAUUCGGCUAUGCCGGAAUGAACAUUAUAACCAAAGUUUCCCUCAACAGAGGGAUGAGCCACUACGUGCUCGUUGUUUACAGGCAUGCCUUUGCCACUGCCGUUAUUGCUCCUUUUGCCCUUGUUCUUGAGAGAAAAGUGAGACCGAAGAUGACAUUCCCCAUUUUCAUGCAAAUAUUUGUGCUGGGCCUUCUCGGACCUGUUAUUGAUCAGAAUCUCUACUAUGCGGGACUGAAGUUUACCUCGCCCACCUUCUCAUGCGCCAUGAGUAACAUGCUCCCGGCAAUGACAUUCGUCAUGGCUGUCCUUUGCAGGAUGGAGAAGAUAAAUAUUAAGAGGGUGAGAUGCCAAGCAAAGGUGAUAGGGACAAUGGUGACAGUGGCAGGGGCCAUGUUGAUGACAUUGUACAAAGGUCACAUCAUAAACUUGGUGUGGUCGGAGCACAUCGUCCAUCCUCGUAGUUCCCAUGUCCCUCAAACCACUGCGGCUGCUGCUGACGAGGACUGGGUCAAGGGCUCCAUUCUCCUCAUUAUUGCCACUCUUGCUUGGGCCUCUUUCUUCAUCCUUCAGGCAAUUACUCUGAAAAGAUACACAGCUCAUCUAUCUCUUACAACUCUGGUGUGCUUUUUGGGUACUUUGCAAUCCAUGGCUGUCACCUUUGUUAUGGAGCACAAACCCUCUGUUUGGAGAAUUGGGUGGGAUAUGAACCUUCUAGCUGCUGCCUAUGCUGGUAUAGUUACAUCAAGCCUUGCAUACUAUGUUCAAGGUUUGGUCAUGAAGAAAAGAGGGCCCGUCUUUGUUACUGCUUUCAGCCCUCUGAUGAUGAUUAUUGUGGCAAUCAUGGGGUCCUUUAUCCUUGCCGAAAAGAUCUAUGUUGGAGGUGUUAUCGGCGCAGUGUUGAUUGUUGUGGGACUCUACUCGGUUUUGUGGGGGAAGUACAAGGAGUAUAAAGAGAAGGAAGCCACUGAAACAAUUCGGGAACCGGUAAAGAUCACCAGAAACAACCAGAUGUUGGUGAUUAUUGAAGAGAAUGAUAUUGAGAUGCAGAAGGCAGAAGCCAACAAGACCGCCCUGGCCAUUGCCGCUCCGAUUCCACAACAACCCAAGAUAUCUAUGGAAGCUCCAAAAGUCUAGGAAAGAAGACGACACAAAAUCAAGCAAGCAAAAAUCAAAAACCAGAGAGAGAGAGCUGGUGCAUGCGUAUGGGGGCAUCGAAGAUGCAGAGAAAGGAGGCUUUUUCUUUCUUCCAAUCUUACUGCACAUAUAUAUAUAUAUAUAUAAUAUAUCAUCUUCUCCUUUUGAUUUUUCAUAUUUUGCUUUGGAAGCGUCCUCCUGUUUGGUUAAAUCAAGGGAGCUGUUAUAUUUCAUGUAAGCUGCUAUUCCCAUGAAAAAUUUGAUGCAAAGAAAAUAUAGAGAUUGUAGGCUUUCUUCGAUACCA